CAGAGAGUGUACAGCAUGAUACGCAAACAAACCACCCAAUAAAAACAGAAGCAAAAGUAACCCCACAAACCAAAGUAUUAAAAGUCAGAUCACACAUUACUACCGUUUCGAGCUGUGUGCCUGCACUGUGUGUGUUGGUUUGGUUAGUUUUGCAAAUUGCAUUAUCAAAUGAAUGGAGCUCCACAACCGUAGUGGUGGUGUGUAAGGUUUCGCGUGUGUGGGAAAUGCCCUCCCCACUGUCGCUGCUGCUUGAACUAGAUGGCAGUACUCGCUUAUCUGCUGCUCAGUGUUGGUGAAGAGCUGGUUGAAGUGUCCCAGGUAUUGCUGCGCUCGGGUGGUUCCUUCUCGGAAUGUAAAGCUCACCUGUGGGACCGGAGACGAGAGCAGCUAUUCCAGUACUAUAUCGCUCAGUACGAGGCCGUAGAAAAGAAGACUGCAUCAACGAUGUCUACCGAAUCGAUAGACAGCUGCGACUAUGCGUAUCAGGAGGACUUUGAGGGGCCGAAUUCGCCCGGAUCGGUGAGCUUGGACAAGAGCAACUCAACGACGGAGGUGGCUUAUUUGCUGGAGAACAUCACAGAAGUCUCGCCAGGGUUGAGCUUCCUGAUAAGUGGCAAUAUUCUGCUGACGUGCGAACGAUUUUCGAUCAAUUUGAUGCUCAAAAACUCCGACUUGGCGUUGCAUUUCAACCCACGACUGCCGCAGAACUACAUCGUCCGAAAUUGCCGCGUCAAGGGCGUUUGGGGGAAGGAGGAGGUGGCCUCGCCGCUGUCGUUCAAUCUACACCGUGGCAAGAAGUUCAAGGUUCACAUCCUGGUUACGGACAAGGAGUUUCUGAUGUGUGUCAACGAUCGGCACUUCAACUCCUUCAAGCAUCGACUGCCUUACAAGAAGAUCUGCGCGCUGGAGGUAAAAGGCGACGUCAAAGAUGUCAACGUCGAGCAGCUGUACACGGAAAGGUAUCCGGACAUCCAACUGGACGCAAUCAAACAAAUCUCCCGCGAACAGUUCGUGCUUGCUCCCCUGUCGGACGCCACAAACCACUUCAAACUGAUGCCUUACACGGGUCGGCUGGAGCAGCCGUUCACCAACGGGAAGAAUCUCCACAUUCGAGGCCGCAUAAAACUUCUGCCCCACUCGUUCUUCGUGAAUCUCCAAACGAAUCACCUGGUGUGGCCUCACCCCAACAUCCCGUUCCAUCUGAAUCCACGCUUUGGCAACGUCGGCGGCAAGCACGUCAUCUGCCGGAACUCGUGGACCAACGGCAAGUGGGACCGCGAGGAACGGUCGGAGAACAUUACCGACUUUAUGCCCGGCAAGACGUUCCAUCUUAAAAUCGCCUGCACCGACAUCAGCUACCAGGUCUAUCUGAACGAGAAGCUCAUCGCGGAGUUCAUCUUUCGGGACAACCCGGCGCUGGUCGAGACCGUGUACAUUCAGGGCGACAUUAAGGUGUUUGAUGUGGUGUUGGAAUCGGCUUAUUGAACCACACUCCCCCAGAAAUCAAUUAAUACUAGUAAGGCUUUAAACGAAGAACAAUAAUUCAUUGGUGGAAUCUAUUUACUCUCUAGGUUGUAGGCUUGCGCAGCUUUGUGCGCUGUUUUGUUUUUCUCCUGCGCAACAACUAACAAUUAACCACAAAUUUGUUCGAUGUCAUUAGUGUACUAGAAGAAUUUGCUGUACUGAUGAGAAUGUUAAAUAGGCAUUGUGUUAUGCAGAAAUACAGAAAUAUUAUUGCAACGCAAAAAAAGCAAAAUCAA